UUUAACAUUGUCAAUUCAGCGCUGGACGAUCAAGGAUUUUGGCUGGUUCGCCCUUCUGUUCUACCAUCUGUAUAACUAGAUUCCAAUUCGUGGAAAUCUUCUGUGUAAUCAUGGCCGAAUCUCAGAUGAACGACAACACUACUUGCGUAGUAUGUUUUAAGACGGUCGUGUAUUACUCCGUCGGGGAAUGCGAUCACCCCGUGUGCUUCGAGUGCUCAACUAGGAUGCGUGUUCUUUGCCAAACGAACGAGUGCCCUAUCUGUCGUCAAGAUCUUUCAAGGGUGGUGUUUACUGAUACAGUGCAACCAUACAAGGAGUUGCGCAACAGAGCUUUCCCUGACAAACUUUUAGAGCGCCAGUACAAGAUAGGGUUCUGUAGCGAAGCUAUCAAGCAAGCCUAUGAGACUUUACUUGACAAUCGAUGCAGAAUCUGUGAUAGAAUAGCGCCCUUCCGUACGUUUAGUAUGCUCAGUGAUCAUAUGAGGAAGGUGCAUGAGCAACACUACUGCGAUCUCUGCGUUAAACAUCUGAAGAUCUUCACCAGUGAGCGUAGGUGCUACACUCGGCAAGAGCUGGCCCACCAUCGACGGAAAGGCGAUUUGGACGACACAUCCCACAGAGGACAUCCGCUAUGCGAGUUCUGCGAGGAAAGAUUCAUGGACGCGGACGAGUUGUACCGCCACUUGAGGAAGGAGCAUUUGUACUGUCAUCUGUGUGACGCAGACGGCAGGAACUUGUAUUAUGCGUCGCAUUCCGCGUUGGCGCACCACUUCCGCACAGAGCAUUACCUCUGCGAAGAAGGGGAAUGUGCGGGGCAGCAUCUUACCGCUGUGUUUAGAAGUGAAAUCGACCUUAAAGCUCACAAAGCAACAAUUCACGGGAAGGGAAUGGCGCGCGGCGCGGCGAGGCAAGCUCGUACCUUAGAGUUACAAUUCAACAUAACACCGCAUCCUGUCGUACAGAGGGUGCCCAGGGAUCGUCAGGCCCAGCCACCCCCAGUCAGCCCGGCGCCAGUACCUCCUCCCCAGCCGGCCAUCAACCCUCAGAGCGAUGAGCAGUUCCCUCGACUGUCAGCAGCACAACCUGCGCAUACUCCACUCGUCGCGGGACCUGCGCGCGUAAUGCGAGACUCGCGUGGUCUAGCGCGCACUGAUAGGAACUUCCCAGCGUUGGACGGAUCGACCGCUCCGAGCGUUCCGCGGCCACAGCCUACGCGUCCAUCGCAACCAGUUGCGGCUACCGUGCUUAGGAACUCUUCCAAACCUAGCGUUUCGAUCCAAGUACACAGUCAACCCAGUGCCAGCAACUUCCGGUUAACUCAGACAAGCGGCAACCGCAUCUCAAUCCCGCCUCAGAAGAAACAACCUCUCUCCGAUGACGACUUCCCCUCGCUUGGAAUCUCGAGAGAUGACUAUCCCAGCAUUGGAGCUGGCACCGUACAAGCUCCCAAGGUCACGUUAAUCAACAGUGACGAGAUGCGAUCGUUCAAGAACAAUCAAACACACAACCACAACAAAAAAGCUCAACUAGGCUCAGAAGCCUUUCCAGCACUGUCUUCCUCAUCGACACCAACCGCGCCACCGAAGUGGAUCACUGUCUCAAAAUCCAAGGAGAAAGGAAAACCUAAACCGGAUCCACCUCCUAUCACCCUCCGGGAAUCAAGUUUUAAUCCCGUCGCGGACUUCCCAACCCUACCCAUCAACACUAAAAUCAAAAACAAGAAGACCCAACCGCACCCACAGGCUCAACAGCACACCAACAUCAACGUAUCCAAUGAGAACAACAAAAACAAAAAGGAGAAAAAGAAACCAAACAACAAAAACCACAACUUGGACGAAUUCAAUCUCAUGAACGGGAUGAACGAUUUGAACAUAAAGAAAGAGCACAUCGCUGCUAGCGUUAACAACAACAACAAUAGUGUUGAAACCGACAGGAAAAUCAAAACUGUCAAUGACACUCCGUCAACGGUGCAGAAGAACGCUAAAAAUGGGAAUUUUGCUUUAGCUAUGAAGGAAUACCCACCUCUGAAUCCUCGGGGAGAUAGCUAUCAGCCACCGGUUGUCAAGACGGAGAAUUUCGCGAGUAAAAUUGUGCAAAAUGGAAGUGCCCCACCCGGAUUCAAAAAGCGGCCUCCAUGUGAUGGAAUGACGUUCACCAACUCGUCCGGGCAAACGUUCCCUGCACCUGUCCAUACUUACAUCCCUCCACCGAAUUUCGAACAGCGUAACAGAGCUCUGGUCAAACAGUUCGCUGCUGCUUUAGGUGAGGCCGCAGCUGUCGAGGACUUCAAAGUGGCUUCGAGAGCUUUCCGAGACAGCGUCAUCAGUGCCGAGGAGUUCUACCAGCACUGCCAAUCCGCUUUAGGUUGCCAGCUGGAAGCCGUGUUCCCGGACUUAGUAGCCCUUCUGCCGGACAUUGCUAAACAGCAGGAGUUAGUAGUGGGCAGGGACAUUAUUUCUAAGUUGGAGGUGUGCUCGACCUGUGGCCAGCUUCUGUCUCCAAACGACGGGAUUGCUCAUGAUACGGCGCACUGGCCACCGCUGUCGUCACGCUAGGAUCAUACUAACUGUGAUAAAUAAUACGAUUUGUGUUCACAUAUUCAGCGUGUAGAAUCUAUAGCCAGCUUCGCAACACCACUCCACCAUACGAGUAUUGAAGCUAUCCAUAAUGUCAUAGUGUGUGUGUGUGUAACAUGGUAACUAAAGUGACGUGGUGUUGGGGAUGCAUUCAUAUACACUCCAUUUUUUUCUAACUUGUCUUAUAAAACAAUAGUAGUUAUAGUCAGUAAACAAUAGUGAGAACUCUAUAUGCCUAAAUAUCCAUCAGUUAUAUUAGCACCCAUAACACAAGCUACGUUUACUUUGGGGCUAGAUGGGCGAUGUUUGUAGUGUU